UUGAAGGACCUUCAUUAUGACAUUAACCACAGCACAGCCCAUGAAGCUAUGAUCUCUUUGUGUUGGUCUCCAUAGUUACCAUGUUAAAGACUCACCUGACAAUCAGCUGUCUUUUGUGUUUGUCACUGGCCUCUCUGGCCUCUACUUACUCUUUGAUUUCUUUUUGCUGGAGCUCUGAAAGCCUCAUCUGUGUUUCCAGCGCAGUGUCACAUCACCGUAUAGCAGUUAUAUGAUCAGGAUCUGAGCCUUUUUCUGUAUCCCAGAUAGACAUGUCAGCGGCCGCAGGUGGUCUGGAGAUGUCCGAUCGCCGUCAGCGCUCCAGCACGGUGAAGAGGAGGCGGUGGGGAGGUUUGAAGCAGCAGUGGAAGCUUCUGGGCUUGUUUGAGAUCGAUCAGCAGCAUGAGUUCUACAGCCUGACCUGCAUGAUGAAGGAGGGAUUGGCAGCAGCCACCCAAAGCACCACUGACAGUGCACCUACAAAUGAACUGUCAGAUGAUGAUUUCAGACUGGAGGUCACUCAGAUUCAUAAGGGUUUUACAAUGGAGACGUUUGCAGGCCCAGUGUUUGCCAGCCUGCGUGGGUCUUUAGGAAUGACAGAGCAGGAGUAUCGGCAGUCGCUCUGCUCUGAAAACUGCUACCUCCAGUUCAUCAGUAACUCCAAGAGCAAGGCGGACUUCUUCCUGACAAAUGAUAAACGCUUCUUUUUGAAGACUCAGAAUAAAAGGGAAAUCAAAUUCCUUCUGGCCAACCUGAAGAUCUACAUGGAACACCUGAAGAAAUACCCCCAUUCACUGCUGGUCAAGUUCCUAGGUGUUCACAGGAUCAAAAUCCCACACCGACGGAAGAAAUACUUCAUUGUUAUGCAAAGUGUGUUUUAUCCAGAUGAUCGAAUCAAUGCCAGAUAUGACAUUAAGGGCUGUGAAGUGAGUCGUUGGACAGAGCCUGCACCGGAGGGAAGCCAAAUUAUUGUGGUUCUCAAAGACCUCAACUUUGAAGGCCAGUACAUCACCCUGGACCAACAGCGGUCCUGGCUCCUGCGGCAGGUGGAAAUCGACACACACUUCCUCCAGAGGCUCAAUGUGUUGGACUAUAGUCUCCUCCUGGCUCAUCAGCCCUUACACCAAGAUGAACGCCACCAGAGUCUCUCCUUCGCUUCUCUUAUCAUGAGAACCAAAAGAUCUGUGAAUCCAAGCUCCAGCCCUAUCCUUGAAAGCAUAACCGCUGUCCCAGGGGAAAUUCCAGAAGAUGACUCCAACUUACUUUUAUCUGAUGUAGAUGGCAGCGAUUUGAAGCAUUCACAAGCACGAGAUGCAUCAAGCGGGGGCACUCUUCAAAGUUGCCCAGAAAAUACAGGGCCAGAUUGCGACACAGAUGAGAUUCAAGAUUUUAGAGCCCAAAACCGACGUUUACUGCCCAAUUUAAGGAAUCCUUUGCAUGUCAUUGAUGGACCUGAGCAGCGCUACUUCAUUGGGAUCAUAGACAUUUUCACAGUUUACAGUUUUAAGAAGAGGCUGGAGCAUUUGUGGAAGAGACUGAGACACCCAGGCCGGUCCUUCUCCACCGUCAGCCCACAGACUUACUGCCUCAGGCUAUGUCACUGGGUACAGGACCAUACAAAGUAGAACUUGAAUUAGUGGUGGAACGACACAUGUUCCACCCAACCCUUUAAUCUUUCCACAUGCUCAAAACACAAGCCUGUAGACAAUUUGAGCACAGCAAUAUAUCUUCUACAGGUAUACAUCAUUUUCAUGCAAAACAAUAAGAUUGGCAAUAGGGCUAAAAUUUAAUAUGAACAGACCAAAAAUAUUCACAAAAGUUAUUGCCAUGUACUAAAUAGUCAUUUUUGCAAAACAUCUAAAUAAACAAGACAAGCUGCACAACCCACUUUGUGUCUGGCUUUAAGAGUAAGGCCUGUUGAGAGAGCAAAGGUUUGAAGUGCGUCGAGCAGUGAAUUUGAAAUAGGGGAAAUUAAUUUAACUAAUUAAGAGAUAUUAUUAUUGUGAAUCGAAUAGGAAAUGUGCAAUUAAAUUUACUGAGCCCAGAUUUUUCUUUAUUCAAACUAAGUAAUAAAUUUUGCUUGAUUGUAAUCUCUCUCUACAACACAAUUUUGCAAAAGAUGAUUGAUUGUGCACUCAGAGUAGUUUACUCAAAUAAAGUACAGUGGGGGAAAGUGACUUUCAAUCAAAUGUGAUGUAUCAUGGAGAGGCUUUGAAAAAAAAUACAGCUGACAUGCCUUAGUGGAAAAAGACAAAUGUAAGUCUGCCUGCAUGUACUUCCAACCCCUAUUUCAUGGCCACUUUGUUUUUCCAGUAUGUGGCUGCUUUAAAAGGUUUAAUAAAUACUGUACUUUUUGGCAAGUAAAGCAUCUGGAAGCAAAAGUGUUUGCAGCUCUUGAUUCCUUUUCUCUUAAAGUUGUGACUGUCUGGGAUUAAAACAAAAUAUGCUGUUUGAGAUGUCAGCAUUCAGAUUUUCCAGCAGUAUAGCAUCAACUCAAUUUGCAGUCUUUUUAGUAUUUUUAUAUUUUCAGUAGCUGUACAAUGGAAAGGUUGCCUAACCCUAACCCUUAUUUGUUGUAUUUAUUUACUUUUUUUUGAAUUUUUGCAUUAGUCUCCUCAGCACUGUCAUGUUCUGUGUUGUUCUGAAAAAUAACACAAUAAACCACCAUACAUGUAAUGUUCAAAACAUUAACCAUUCAUCACCAGUUGAAAAUAAAUGAAAAACUGAAUAAAAAAUAAAUGACCUCACUGAUGAUUUCAUUUAGUUUGUGUCCUAUGGGACAUUUAAACAGUGAAAAUGAUGAUGAUGAAAUGAAAUAAUUAGAAUGUUUAAAAGUUUGCAUCUUUUUCUAUCUUUUGUCUAUAAGUGAGCCUAUGCAUGGACUUGUUUACACAUUUGUUAUCUAUGACAUAUAUUUUGGGGUACAUAUCUUUGUAUGCUCAUGUGGGCCCACAGAAGGUGAAAUUUAGAUCAUGCAAGAUACUCAAAGACAUACAGACACAAAAGUAGAACUUUAAAUAGUGAAGGCUGAGUGGAUUUCGUCCACCUAAUACUAUUACCCUAUAUUGCUGUUACAAAAGGGAGUUGCUUAUUCUUUCUUCUGAGUAAGUGACAGGCCUGCUUAUGCCUAUUCAUGCACUGACUAUGUCCAUAGAUAGUAAAUGCUGUUGACAGGAAGAACUUUAUGCUUCUGUAAUGCUGAAAUGGAACUGAAUACAUGCAAUGAACUAUUUGAGGAGGUUAAACAGAUAUUUUCUUCACUGUGCUGAUUACUUAAUUUUGUACAUUUCCAUCCCUGUAUUUCCAUUAGUAGAUUCCAGUGUCUGGUAAAAUAUGUUUUAUUGCCAAUGUAGCUUUUACUGUCUUUCUUGAUUUUAACCUCUUUUGCAUUAACAGUGCACGAAUUCAGAGCUGUGCUUUCUCUACAUACAGAAAAUGUACACGCUGAAUCACAGAGAACAUUUCUGUCAUUUUGAUGUGGUCUCAUUCUCCCACAGAGUUCAGCAGUGCCACUUUAGAAUAUGAUAUUUACAUAAAGCUUAAUUAAAAAAUGUUAUGUUUGUUUUACUGGCCAGUAAGUUUUAACACUCAUUUAUGACUGUCUGAAUACAAAUAAUGAAACUGUGAUAAUGUUCUGAAGCUGCAUAUUUGUGCCACCAGAGAAUAUGUUCUUUGUCUGGUGUCCUGUCUUUUGUUGAUUGAUUGCCUCACACACACCGCAGCUACCAAGGAGACAGCCUGGCACCUGGCAUCUCAGUGUUAGAAAAGGAACAAGAAAGGCAAGCAUACUGGCACCUUUCUGCCGUCUUUCUUGUUCCAGUAUGCCUGCAGCUGUAUGACU